AUGCGGUUCACCCUCACUUUGACUGCUAUUGCAGCAGCAGCAUCCACAGCUGUCGCCAAAAACCCCAGCCUUCUUAUCUUCACCAAAACCGCUGGUUUUCGCCACGAUAGUAUCCCCAGCGGUAUUGAACUCGUCACCUCUGUCGCUGAGAGAAAAAAUUGGUCGGUAACCGCAACUGAGGAUUCCUCCAUUUUCACUUCCAGCAACUUAACCUCAUUCACUUCUUUGGUAUUCAUCUCCACUACCGGUGACUUUUUGACAGCCAAGGAGUCCGAUGGCUUGUACAAAUAUUUGGUAAACGGAGGCUCUUGGCUCGGUAUCCACGCAGCCGGUGACUUUGGAGACGCAAUGCCAUCCUGGUAUAACACUCUUGUGGGUGGACAGUUCGCCUCUCAUCCUUGUGGCACCGACGCGCUCUGCAGCAAUAUCCAGCUGGCAAAUUACCCCCCAUUUGGAAAUAUCCGCCCCGAUACCAUCAAUAUCACAAACUCUGAGCAUCCUUCCACGAAAGGGCUCCCCUUAAGUACUAUCCGUGCAGAUGAGUGGUACUCGUACAAAACCAACCCCAGUCAAUCGUCGAACUAUUCCGUCUUAGCUGUGUUAAAUCAGGACUACAUUGAUGUCUAUACACCAGAGUCAAUCAGAAUGGCGCCGGACCACCCUAUUUCUUGGUACUCCAUGUUUGAGGGUAAGGCUAGAGCCUUUUACACCGGAAUGGGACACACCAAUGAGUCCUACGCGGAAGACUACUUUAUCAAGCAUGUUACUGGAGGACUGGAGUGGGUCACUGGCACGACGGACUAA